AUGGCGAAACGGCGGUGUGGGAAAAAGCUAACGUGGCCACAGCUGUGGUCAAAGUUGAAGAAGUGCGGCUGGAUGCACGAGCCACCGAAAGGACUUCAAACCGAAUGUCGAUUCUUCACGCCGGAAGGCUGGAAGAAGCGCGGACAAGGACAGCAUUUGGUCGACUAUUUCGACGGCCCCGACGAAAUUUGGCAGCAUUUGCCGGAAAAGGUGCUGGACGACAUACUGGAUGAAGAGCUUGCCACAAAUGAAUCAUCCGACGACGCACCUACCAACAAGCGGCAAGCACACGAAACAAGGGCGCCGGGAAAGUCUGCUAGACCUGUACCGAAGCCUGCUGCAAAAGCCUGCAGUCCGGCACGAGCGCCCGCCAAGACGCCAGCACGCGCUCCUGCCAAAGCACCGGCACGUGUGCCCGCCAAGUCGCCAGCCAAGUCUUCAGCGAAGACACCAAGAAAGUCCCCUUCUCCAAAGACACCUUCGCGAGCCUACGCCUUGACAAUGAGCGAGGCGGUCGACAUUUCCACAGGAAACGAUCUGCUGAGCUCGGGUGAUGAAAGCGAGUUCUUC